AUGGCCAGCAAACAAGAAGGUGAGAAUAUUUCAUCAGCCUUACUGUCAGUUAAGGAACAAUUUAAGUGUUACUUAUUCUUUUGUGUUUGUUUGCAUUAGCAAUACUGUAUUUAAAAGAAGUUAUUUAACCAGAACAUCAUGGUUCAUAUGAUGGUUCAUUUGUAUUUAACCAACCAGGCAGUCACCAGUCAUAUUUCUUAUAAUACUCAUUUUUUCUAAACUCACAUUUUUUCUUUUCUUUUUCUUUCUUUCAUUUUUUCUUUUUUUUUCAUUCAAAAUGCAUGGUUACAAGUUAUUAGAUUUAAAAAAGCUAGGAUUACAGAUGUCAAAAUUAUUUUAUCAGACAGAUUUGUCAGCCUGUUUGUGGUACUUUAUAUUUUAUCUUAAUGAUUUAGUAUUUCAUCCAUCUUUCUUUUUAUCUCUGCUUUACAAGAAAAUUGAUCCAUGAUUUUUUUAACCAUUAUUCAGUUGGAGACAAAUGUUUGGAGUAAUGAUUUAACUAUAAAGCAAUAUAUAUUUUUCUGUAUUAUCGCAUCCUUUUCAUAUGUAAAGUAUUCAAGGUACUCCUGUGUUUGAUUUGGAUGCUUGAAUGAAUCUGCUCUUACAUUGGUUUGGAUUUGACAAUGAGUUUCUCAAAACUGUAAUUUAUUUUUUAAAGUUUUAUUUUGUGAUUGGAGUCAUGGCUUUAAUUUCACAUUGAUAUUCUUUUUUUCUGUUGCAGACCCAGAGAAAUCUGAGUUUCGUAUUGUACUCAUGGGAAAGACUGGAACAGGGAAAAGUACUUCAGGAAACGCCAUCUUGGACAUCCCUGAGGAGAAAGGUUUCGAGGAAGGUCCAUCUCCCUCAUCAGUGACAAGUACAUGCUUAUCAAAGACCAAAGAGAUCCAUGGACACACUCUGACCGUGGUUGAUACUCCGGGCCUGUUCCACACUGAAAUGUCUUUAAAGGAGACCAUGGAAAUGAUUGCAACGUCCAUUGAGCAGAGUGUUCCUCAUGCAUUCCUGUGGGUGAUAAAACAAGGCAGCUUCACCGCAGAAGAUAAAAAGUCAAUCGACAUUUUUAAGGCAGUCAUUGAAUCUGCCACAAAUCGUACCAUCAUCCUGUUCACCCAUGGAGACAAAGAAAACGUGAGAGAUUUCAUUGAAAGUGAACCAUAUCUGAACAAAUUCAUCAGGGAGUGUCACAAUGAGUACCAGGUCCUCAACAACAAAGAUGAUGGUCAGUUUCUGGUGGAGAAGAUUGAAAACAUGGUCCAGAAAAGAGGCAAUUUGAGCUAUCGUCUGAUAGAAACAGCACUGGAAACCAUACAAGAAUCAAAUGAACCAGAUGGGGAACAAGCAGAAGGUAAUUCUAAGGAUGGAAUAAUGGCUGCAGGUGUGGAUCUGCUUGAAACUAUGUGUCCAGGUGCAAAGUUGGUCCUUGGAAAACUCCAGGAUGUGACAGGAAAAUUAAACAAGUCUUAACAGAUUCAUAACCUGAGUGUUCAGCCAACUUAAGAAGUAAAUGACACAGGGCAAACCAUUCUGGUUAUGGGUUUCAGUUUUUAUUUUUGUAUUUUCUUUACUAUACAAUUGUAUUCCACUAUUGUUUUCCACCUGUUUGUGAUGCUUAAAAGAUAUUAAAGUGAUCUGCCGAAGCUUCAGUUGUUACUGUCUUUUAGUACAAAACCUCUGUCAACAUACAGCAAACCAGUACUUCCUGUUAUGACUAGAUGACAUCAGUCUUUAUUUUAUUUCAACAUGAGUGAAGUACCACGCAGUAUUUAGCACAUUUCUACAACAAGAUAAAGCCAUAGCAGGGUUUACUGACACAAACAGGUUUAUAAACAGUCAUGAUUUUUACUCUCAUUGACCUUUAAGACCAGGUAAGAUUUUUGUGGUUCAGUUAGUAUUUGAAUGAGGUUGUUUUACAUAACUUGAGAAGUCUUCUGUUCCAAGUUUUUUUUUUUUUUUUUUAAUGGCUCAGAGAACAAAGGAUGGCAUGUCUCUGACGCAUCAGAUAACGAGAAGCCAUACUUCUUAAAACUGUACGUUUUCUGUUUGAUAAUUUGGUUCUGUUUCAUCUGACAGGUUCCCGGAGUCAGAGCAGAGUUGCCUUAUUUUUGCUACAACUAGUAAACAACUUCAGGAAAUUCAUUUUUUAAGCUUAAAUUUGUCUCGGUAAGGUCAAAAGAAAAAGAUGAAGUCUUAGGUUCAAUUCAGUUUUACUGCCAUGUUACUUAUCAACCAACAUGCAAUAAAGAUUCUGGCUGCAAAUAAUGUUGUAAUACUGACGUUGAUGAAAGUCCAGAGUUUGGCUUUAUUAAUAGAUUGCCCCAUAAUGUCAAUUCAAGCGGACUUUGCUAUUUCGUUUAGAAGAUGACUUUGAUAUGAUUUUUUAUUAAUACUGUGACUGACCUCCAGUUUCACAGUCAUAAUUUUGUCCUGUUAAGUUAUAUUUAUUUCUUAGAAUGAAUUAAUCACUUUCAGUGGUCCAGUCUCUAAACAAGCUUAACAGGACAACCAGUGAAUCAGUCCAUCAAAGUCCUGUUUUGGCCUCUGUGUGAUGCUUUCACCUGUCACUACUACAGGUCUAGUUUGUGUCUUUUGGUCUUCCAGCUCUGUAAGAAUGUGGUCUCCUCUUUGCAGUGACACCAUAGUGCUUGUCGUAGUCAUACACCUGUUUACCUUUUUUACAUCUCUCUUCCCUAAACUUAAUCCACUGGGCCACAUGUGUGGGGAAAUCGGUAGUUAAUGAAUGCAGGACUGCAAAUAUUUGUGCAGUAGCUGACCCACUGUGGUUAGGUUAAGAACAUAUUCACCUCGAUAGUUUAUCAUGCAGAGAGUUCACUUUAGUUCUUGGACGUUUUCUGGCAAGUUGAGCUCAUUUAUAAUGGACUCUUUAGCUGUAUCAGCACGCACAGUAAUAUAAUCAGAAGUUUAGUAGGGCAAGGCCACAAGGGAUUUUAUAUCUUUAGAGACUGGCAGAUAUUUAACCUGAUAAAUUAGGUGUUGUAUUAGUUAUGACCAUGAUAAAAUAAUUCUAUGAUAACUUGGUAAAAAUGUGGUAAUUACAUCAUUAUACAGUAUAAGUCGCAGUGGAAAGUUACGGACAAUUAAUACCUAAAAUGCUCAAAAAAUUCUCAAAUUUUCAAUUCCAAUUCCCACUAGUUUAGUGUGACAAUAAGCAUGACAUAACUGUGCACGCCCAGGAAAGGAAGCAUCCAAUUUUAUGUUUUUACAGCAUAGAUUUGAUAAGAUUUUAUUGUUAUACCCAAUAAAUUUCUUGGUUUUAUUGUUGCUGUUGUUUAAUGGCUGUAUAAAAGCUGUGUCUCAUUGAUGACCUUUGAAACUGUUUAAACUUACAUAAGAACUUACAAGGUACAAUCAAGCCAACAAAUAGGUAUCUUUCAUGCAGAGUGAAAACUCAUAUUUAAAGUCAAAUCACAAGAAAGUUUGUUCACACUGUUUGGGUAGGUGAGUGGUAGCAGUCUACAGUAUCUGUAAUCAAGACCUGAGCUUCCAAUUAAUACAGAUCAAUGUCAUUUCUCACAUUUCCUCCCUUUGAUUCACUGAAAGCCACCAAAUAGUGCAACAGCAGGUAAAGAAACAUAGGCUCCAAAAAUAGUGUUGUGUCCCAGCAUUCAGAGUGGCAUAACAUCUCCACACUCUGUACAGGGUGAGACAAAAAAAACAACAGUUAUACUCAUAACUUACAAUUUUCGGGUUGAAGAAAAAAAAGAAUAAUUUUUCCUCACAUUAAACGGAUAUAUCAGUAUUUUUGAAGUUGGGUCGUAAGACUCAUCACUUGUAUGUGUUGUAGUCUUGAUAGAAGCUGUUCAGAAACUGCUGGGAAAACAUCUUUUUUGUGUGGGAACAAAAUCAAAAUUGUGAAAUUUUUGCGAAUUUUAAGUACACUUCACCAAGAACGUUUCAGGCACUUUGCCAUCAGAGAGCUUAGUCUAUAACAGGAAAUAAGAAAGUCUUCCCUUCAUCAACUAACACACACAAGUCUGCCAAGGUAAGCACGUUGUAAGGACCAUGGCUUGUGUCAUUAUGCAAUCAAAAACACUGAGCGCCAAACACUUUGAAGACACUGUUCCUUUCAGCUUUUCUGGUGAUCUGAUGUCACUCAUGAAUUUUGAGGAAAGUUGGGAAGAAACAACCAAGAAAACUACAACAAGUAGUUUUCGCGAUAGCUGGAAGUUUAUACAGCUGCACCACUAGGUAACAUGAAAGGCCUUCUGUUUUUCCAGUUUCCACAGAAAAGUCUCUGCUUCUCCCUCCAGCGCACUGGGUUGUCUUUUUAGCAAACAAGAGGCAGAAAUGACUAGCAUCCACUACGGCCGAUACACUUAAAAGUGACAUACCACAACCCCAACACAACCCCACUUAGAAAAUACUGACGAUACCCUUUAACUCUAAGCCAGGCAUCAAUCUGAAAGCAUGUUUGAAUCCUUAUCUUACUAUCACAGAUGUUUUGGAGGAUCCAUCCGUUAAACCUGAUUUCUGUUAGUCAUUGUAGGGAGCUACAACCCAGUGAAGAGGCGCAAGGUGAAUUAUUGCAGAAACUCAGAAAGAUGGAGCAGCCAACAACAGAGAUUCCUUCUUCCCUCAAACAGCUGAUGCAGUUGGGCAACUGGUUGCUGCCAACAGAGUGAUUGGAGCAACACUGACUGCCUCUUUUGGAAAAUAAGUUGGACUGAAUAAUGAACUCCUAAACUCUGUGUUAUAAUCACAGACUGUAUGUAGUAUGUACACCAUCUGUCUCCUUGCUGAGUAGAGCCAAUCGGAGAACAGCACCCUCUGGUGAUGGGCUUCAGUAUAGGUCAUAAAUCCCACUCCCUCCAGCAAUCCCUAUGAAGCUGUGAAUAAACUUUCGAAGUUUUGUGUUCAAGUCGUCUUUUUUCUGUGUAGCUCCAUUUUUAAAAGUUAUCAGGGGGUUCAUUUUUUCUAUGAUUGACGCUCGAUACAGCCUAUGGGCGUAUGAAGAUUGUGUAGUUCAUCCAAGGGUUUCACUGUUUGAACAGACCGUCAUCACAGCGACUAUCCCGCCAAAAAUGUACAACGCUACUGUGCAAGUAGUGGUUCCAGGAAGUGGAGAAAAUCCCAGAAAUACUGAGAGCAAUUUGGCUUCAAGUUCAUAUAAUGACGGCCAAAUUGUCCAUAGUACAUACAGUCUAUGGUUAUAAUGUGUCAGACAGAGAGGCUAAAUUUUCAACGUGUUAAUAAGUAAUAUUUAUUUUCAUACUAAACUAGUCAUAACACAUCAUUAUUCUGUUGAAUGAUGGGUACAAGUUGUUUUUUCUCUUUCAGUUUCUCUAUAAUUUCCUACUGUUUACAUUAGAAACUACAUAAUAUUUUGUGAUGUCUACCACAUCAUUCUCACUGUAAAUACCAAGUAAUUAGGGGGACUGUGCAAGGAAGGGUUAGCAAGUGUAGCCUCCCUCAUUUAUUCAUGCUCAUCCCCCUGGUUUUGUUCCUGGCAGUCAUUUCUCAUGUCUGGUCUGUGAUUGGUGAGAUUUUGGUUGGUAACAGUUGGUCUGUAAUUCAGGGGAGGGAGUUGGAAGCAGGCUAUUGUAUAUAUAUAUCCAUGAGAUGGAAAUCUGAUGACAGACAAUCACCAGCCUCUACAAGAGAAGAUGGCCAGUGAAGAACAUUCACAAAUUAGUGAGUAUAUUUUUUAGCAUCUUCAAACAGAACUAGUACUCAAGAUAUUGUUUGGGUUUCUUGUACAGCAAACAUAAUGUUUUACAAUUUUUACUGAGUUCAUAUGCUGAAUUCUAGGUGUAUUAUAUUUUCUGGGUAAACAUGAGGUUAGGCAGACCAGUUUUUAUUUAUUUGACAAAACUUCCAGAAAUGAGAUUUGAUUUAUUCUGUCAUUCUGAUCAGCAUGAUUCCCUGACAUUAAGGUGUCACUAAAUUACAUCUAACCACCUUGCAUUAAAAAGGUUUUCCACAACACUCUCAAGUAAUGAUUAACAAUCAAAGGUGAAAACUUUUAUGAUCCACAAAAUUAAUAAACACUAAAACCCAGUGCUCUAACUUUAUUAUUUUUGUUUUAUUGUCAGGCUCUAAAUUUUUCAAGAGCCUAGUGUUGUCUAUUAAAGGCAUUCAGAUUUGAAAAGGACCAAGUAUUGAGCCUUGGGCAGCCCCAUAAAUUGAAUCCACAAGGAGGUUAACUGACAAAUGCAAUAAAAUAAAUCCAUUAAGAGGCCAAUGUGUCAUGAUACGUUCUGUUAAUUUAGUUUUCUCUUGGUUUUGUUAAUUGAGUGCAUUUUCUGUGUUUCUGUUCCCCAUUGUUCUUUUUCCCAAUGAUCCUGUCUUGUGACUUUUCAGUUUAUGUUUGACCCAGAUUUUCUCAAGUUUUCAGUGUUUCAUUCUUUAGAUCAGUGUUUUUUUUUUUUGUUGUUGUUGUUGUUGCUGUUUGUUGGUUUUUUGGUCGGGGCCGGACUUGAACCUUUAACCACUGCAGGGAACAUGGUCCCGAAACAUGGGCUACGCUAUCCUACUUGGCCAUCCACGCACCCCCUUUAGAUCAGCUUUAGGUGUUUCCUGUUUUAUUUGUAGUGGUCCAUCCUUGUGUUUCUAGUUUUGUUUUACCUCAGUUUUCUCUCCUCAGUAAUUGUUUGCACCUGUGUCUCCGUGUCUCACCUGCCUCUUGUUGCUCGUUUCCCUAUGUGUAUAUAGUCCCUGCCUUCCCCUGUUUCUUUGUUAGUUUGUUGUUUGUAUGUCAAUGUCUGUUUUUAUGUCCCAGUCGAAGUCUAUGUCUGAGUCAUGGAGAGGCCCUCCCCCUGUCUUCUGUUAAGGCCUUUAACCACUGUAUCAAUCUCCCAUGUGAGUGGCACAAGAAUGUGGGUUGGGUAGAUGAUAGCUUCUGUAGAGUUGUCCUUGUCUGAGGGGCAGCAACUGAGUUGAAGCUCCAGAUGAAGCGCCAAUAAAAAAAUGGCGAACCUAUAGAAAUGCUGUAUCUCUUUGAUGUUUGGUUGAGGCCACUUAAGCACUGCCCUGAGUUUGCUUUGGUCCAUGUCCCCACUGUCUUGUGACACAACAUAUCCCAGAAACUGACCAGUGAAGCCAUGGAGGACACAUUUCUCAGCCUUGGCAUACAGUGUGUGCUCCAUCCUAUGUAGUGCCAUUUCCACAUGGGAAACAUGAUCUUGGCACAGGCAACUGGAGCGAGAGAGUAUACAAAGCUCCCCAUACCUGACCCCAAAUCAGGAGCAAUUAUUGUGCUGUAUUAACUAUCCAACAUUGAUUAUUAUACUUGAUUAAAUGUUUGAUUUGUUGAGGCAGAAAUUCAUGGUGAAGCAGUCCUUGGUUUUGUUCUUCACUGUUCUUUCAUAAAAAGGCACUUGGUUUGCUCUUUGUUCUGCUUUGAAAAUUAUCAUUUAUAUCUGCUGCCAUAAACCUUUGUGUUCUCUUUCCCCACAGAGACUUCAGAGCUGAGGAUUGUGGUCAUUGGGAAGGUCGGAGUUGAGAAAACUUCAGUCAUGAAUGCCCUCUGGAGAAGUUCAGAGGAAUAUCAGACACCUGCAGCUGAGCAUGAAUCCAUAUUCCUUCCUGGCACGUGGAACAAGAAAAAAAUGACCAUUGACGGACAAACAAUGAUGAUUGUUGACACUCCGGGCCUGUGUGACACCAACAAAUCAAACAACGUGAUGGAAGAGAUUAAAAAUGCCGUAUCAAAGGUUGCUCCUGGUCCUCAUGUGUUCCUGCUUGUGCUGCCUGUGGGGACGCUUACACAAGAGGGAAAGGAGAUUGUGAAAUUCUUCCAGACUUUUGGCGGUAAUAUAUUGCAGUACACCAUGGCUGUAUUCCCUGAGGGAGAGAAGCUAAAUGGUAGAACCACCAUUGAGAAAUUCAUCAGCCGCAGCAAAGAUCUCUCAAAGUUUGUCUAUGAUGAUUGUGAGAGGAGAUACCAUGUUCUUAACAGCACAGAGAAUCUACCUCAGGUUAGCGAGCUUGUGAGGAAGAUUCAAGAAAUGGUGGAGAACAAUAAAGGAACCUGCUUCACAAAUCCACCAGUACAAGGAAACAGAAUUAUGCGGUUUGUGAAUGGAUCUGCAUUGGCUGGAGCGGCUGUAGGAGGAACAGUCGCUCACAUUUUUGGAACCCCCUUCGGAAUCCCAGGAGGGCUCUGGGUUGGGCUAGUAGCUGGAGGGUUGCUUGGAGUUCUAGGGUUUUCAACAGUAGAGAAAGGGAGGAAAAUGCAUGCAUCUUGCUGUAAAAAAUAA